AUUGCGCCUGGAUGAUGUUUAUGUUUUCUUCGCAAUAAAAGUCCACAACUUAACUUAUGAUAACGUCUGGCACCAAGCCUCAACACAGCUGGCGAAUCUUUUUGCAGCACCAACAUUGGCUCUUCAUCCAUGUGUCUCUCAACUCUGCCGUCCACCCGUCCGCAACUGAGCAAGCUGAACCAACCCCUCCACCGUCCUCUCAUGCCUAUCCCUCAUAGCCUCCAUCUUGGACAUAUACUCCGCCCUAACCUCCUCGACCUCCCUCCCCUGGUCCUCACCCUUCUCCCUAACCUCGUCAAGCACGUCAUUCAACUCCCUCACCUCACCGGUCAACCUCCUAACCCGUCCCUUGAGCUGCGCGUUCUCCUCCUCCAACUCCGUCGUCCGGCGCUUGGCUUCUUCAAGCUGUGUGGCUUGCAAUUGCAAAUCGCUACGCAAUUGGGCCAACUCUUCCGAUUCCCCGCGUCGGAAUUCGAGAAGUUGUGUGGCUUGCUUGUCGAUGCGUUGCUGCAGGCGGAUGAUCUCGUUGGACUCGGAACGGGCAGAGCGGCGGAUUUGGUCCACUACGUCGUCGGAUUGGCCGCUGGGCAUCGAGUGUCUGAAUUCCCUGCGGUUGUGCAGAGCCCUGGCUCUUGAUCUGCUGAUGCCGAAAUCGCAGAGAGAUGUCUGGGGUGCGGCGAUGGCAGCGAAAGAAGAUGCGUUCUCAUUGCCAUCUGCAUUGUCAUCUGCAUCAUCUCCAUCUCCACCAUCCCCUCCCUCUCCCGCAUCAACCCCGCCAACCACAAU